AAUGACCUUUUAUCCAGUUCUACUUAAAACAUAACUCGGCUUCGUGAUCGGAUCAACUGGGUCCAAUUUUAAAAACACUAAUCCUUCCUUCCUUAUAGUUAUCUUGAAGAAAGUAGUCUUGGUCAUUACUCAUAGUUUCGACUCUUCUUUAAAGUUCUUUCCAACUUCGUGUUCUCCACGCGCUUCAAUGGCGACACCAUCUCCUCUUCCUCCAACGGUCAACCUCUGGGUGGUCUUAACAGAAUCAAAACGGAUAAUAAACGCCCACUCACGCCACCUCCUAGCUCUCUCCCUCCUCUUCCUCCUCCCCAUCUCCUUCUCCAUCACCGUCUACCCCUCCAUCUCCCGCCUCAUCAUCAACCAAUCCUCCCCUUCUCACACCACCUUCUCCCUCCUCAAAUCCCACAACGAUAUCGAUCCCAACACCGUCCUCCUCCUUCUGAUCGCUUACAUCGUCUUCGUCACCGUCUUCAACCUCUUAUCCAUCGGAUCAAUCACCUACAGUGUCUUCCAAGGCUUCUACGGAAGGCCCGUGAAACUCAUCUCCGCCGUGAAAUCAAGCUUCACCUCGUUCCUCCCCCUCCUCGCUACCCUCGUCUCCUCCAACUCCAUCGUCUUCGCGAUCUUACUCAUUCUAGCGCUUGCAGCCUUCUCGUUGACUCGAGUGAUCGAGCUCAUCGUCCCAGGUCUCGAAGUCAGUUACGCUUCGACUUACUUCGAAGCACUCUCCGCGGUUGUAAUACUCAUCUUUAUUGCGAUCGUGAUAAAGCUCUAUGUGAAUUGGAUCGUUGCGUGGGUCGUCGUUGUUGUUGAGUCAUCUUAUGGAUUGACGCCGUUGAAGAGAAGUGGAAGCUUGGUCAAAGGCAUGGAAAGCGUUUCUCUUUCUAUGAUCGUCGUCUUCAGCAUAGCUCAAUCGAGUCUUGUCUGGAUCAGCAACGUAACCGCUUCCGACAUUGGAAAUGGCGGGAAACUGUGGACAAACGCUGUCUUCGUUGCCCAGAUCGUGGUCACGUCUGCGUUACUAACGGUUUCGAUGAUGUACAAUUUGGCGGGGACCACUGUGAUGUAUAUAUAUUGUAAAGCUGUUCAGGGUGAACUUGCUCGGGAGAUAGCUGAGGAGUUUGCGAGAGAGUAUGUGAGUUUGCCUUUUGGUGAUGGUAAAGUUCCUCACGUGGUGUGUGUAGCUUACAACGGAUGAUGAGGAGUUAAUGGUCAGUGUUUGUGUUGAAUCUUGUUUUAAGUGUUUGACUGAACUGGACAUGUCCAAGCUAUUGUAAUGUGUGUGGAUGAUCUAAACGCGUGGUUAUUGAAAGUUUUUUGUAAGGAUUUAAUCAUCUUCAAUGAAAGAUUUUAUUUUCUUA